UCAGGUGCUUCAUCUGUGAAACCGUUCGACCUGAAGUCGUGUCGAAGCAAACUAGAAGAACAUUACCAAAAAACAGCAACUGUGCCCACCUCUGUUUGGUGUAAGAAAUCCGUUGUCGACAUUCGCCAGAUCUACACUCGACUGUCCUGGGUGAAAGACGAGCAAACCCCAGCUGGAACAACGCAGUCUGAACUGAAGCAUUACAGUGACCUUUUCACUGCAAACAAGAACGGCUUUAUUCCAAAGAGAAUUCUCGUGCAAGGACAGACGGGAAUUGGAAAAAGCACGUUUGUUAAGAAACUGCUUGUGGACUGGGUUGAAGUUAAUAAGAAGACUGGUGAUGAGCAAGCAGCUGGUCUGAAGAAUUUUGAGCUUGUGGUUGCUGUAAAUCUCAAAGAAGUGUCCAAAUGUCAAAGCCUUAAAGAUGUCAUAAGACUCUCUAAUGUGUUUGCAAAGGAGGACAAAUAUAUGACAGAAGGCCUUGUUGAUUAUAUCAGUAACAACCAAGAGAAAGUUCUUCUGAUCUUUGACGGCUACGAUGAAUACCGCAGUGGAUGUGACUCGGAAAUAUACGAGAUUUUUAGUGGAAACAGCCUGAGAAGCUGUUGUGUAUUAAUAACAACUCGUAUUUCAAAAGCUGACGAGCUACGAGGUGGUGAAGACCUGCAUGCUGAAAUCACGGGGUUUAGCAAAGUGGACAGAAAUGAGUUUAUGCGUAGAUUUCUCAAGAGCGAAGAAGUUUCAGAGUUACAGGAUCACUUAGAUGAGAUGAAUUUAAACCAACUGGCAAAAUUCCCAUUACUUCUCCUGUUUUUCUGUACACUGUGGAGACAGGGGCAGUCGAAAAGCUUUCCAAAAUCUAAAACUAAAUUGUACGUGGACAUCGUCCAGUUCAUUUUAAAUCACGGCCAUAGCAAGAAAACAGGUGAUGAAACAAAAACAAAGCGGUAUGUGAAGCUAAACUCUUUCAAAGAGAUCCUCUGUGAAAUAGGUAAAGUUGCUCUACAAAGCCUGUUAAAGGAUGAUCACUUAUUUGAAUACAGUCAGUUGUCCGAUUCUGUCCGUUGUGGUGAAAGCGUUGUCGUUGGUUUGCUUCAAAUCACCGAAUACUCAGAAACCUUACAACCAGUUGGAAAGGUUUCCUUUAUUCACAAGAGCAUACAGGAGUUCCUUGCCGCAUGGUAUAUCACCUACAGAUGUAUAGCUGUAGAAGGGAAUCUCGGUGAGAUUGGUGUGAAGUUAGAGGAAUGCUUGGAGCUACAGAAUGUUUUCCAGUUUAUGUGUGGCUUGAGUAAAGAUGGAGCGUUGGCGGCUUUGAAGCAUUUAAAGUCUGUCAGAAUCUCAGAUCCUUCGCUGGAUUUAUCUAAGACAAUACCGCACGGAGGAAACAAAAGUAAUGUGUCUCUAAAUGUUGUCACAAAGCGUCAGUGGCAAUUCAACGAUUUGGUUUUAGAUUUAUUUGAAGAGGUUGAAUCAAAAGCUGAGCUUUCACGGACUUGUUUGGAUUGCCUUGAGAGUGUCCUUCUUUCUUCAACAAGAUCACUUCCUAAAGAACUUCUGAUUAAAGCAACGGAUACCAAUUCUUUUUCUUUGAUUAUUAGUAAAAUAGGCGAGUUAUCGAAUAAGAUGGUUAAAUUACUGGUUAGUAAACGUUCUAAAGCUUUCAACGUUGCAGAUUUCUUAGAAAAACUCGAAAAUUUAUCUCUUUCGUCUCCAUGUAACUGUUGGUUUGCUUCAAUAUUUUGUUUUCGUAACGGCCAGGGUUACGUUUUCUUCACAGACUUGUUCCUGCGGUGCUUGCCCCACGCCAGGCUAUUUACUGACAAAGUUAAUUUUUCUUUUUUAAGCUCAGCACUUAACUUUUUGCGUUCUCUUCAUUUUUACCUUGGCUGUAAUGACUCUAUUUGUCAUCUGUUGGAACAGGUGUCAAAUCCGCACAGAUGCAGUCUUUUUAUCAAGCAUUGUUCCUUAACGUCAAAAGGAGCAGUAGAGUUUGCAUCUUUGUUACCAAGGUUUCAAAAAGUCACUCAUCUUAACCUUGAGUUGGCUGAAUGCUCUGCAGUAGCAGUAUCAAAAUUGUUUGGUGCCAUUAAACACGAGUCUCUCGAGGAACUGGAACUAAGUGAAAUUACCCUGACGCCAGCAGUUGUCGAGUCACUCAGUAAGUCGUUUCCGGAAUUAACAGCCUUACGAAUACUGCAAAUGAAAGGUUCUUGUGGAUGCAAUCUGUACUUACGGAUUCCAGUUCACAGUUUGUCGUUUCAAACACUGACGAUAACAGGCUUGACUGAAAACGCUGCAAAAGCAAUAACAAGACUUUUUGAUGUUUUUAAGCACAAACCUGUGGAUGAAGUGGAACUGAGUGUAAUCAAGCUGACGUCAACAUUAGCGGACGCUGUUGGUCAGUUGUUGCCUGAGUUAUCAACCUUAAGAAGACUGAGCAUAGUUUCCUUGAAUGAGUGCUCUGAUGAAGCAGCAACAAAAUUGGUUGCCGCUAUCAAACACAAGACUCUCGAGAAACUGGAACUGAGUGAAAUCAACCUGACGUCAGCAGCAGCCGAGGCGCUCGGUCAGUUGCUGCCUGAAUUAUCAGUCUUACGAACACUGAGCUUAGGUUCCUUGACUGAGUGUUCUGAUGAAGCAGUAACAAAAUUGGUUGCCUCUAUUAAUCACAAGAAUCUCGGUCAAUUGUAUCUGCAUGGAAUCAACUUGACGUCAGCAGUAGCCGAGGCGCUCUGUCAGUUGUUGCGUGAACCAUCAUCCUUACGAACGCUGAAGUUACGUGGCUCAGAUGGGUGUACUUUGUGGUUAUCGUUAUCAACACUGGAAAUAAGUGGCUUGACUGAAGGCUCUGCUGAAGGAGUGUUAAGUUUGAUUGAGGUAAUCAAGAAUAGGACAAUUGCGAAACUGGAACUGAGUAUCAUCGACCUGACAUCAACAGUAGCCGAGGCGCUCGGUCAGUUGCUGCCUGAAUUAUCAGCCUUACAAACACUGAGCUUAGGUUCCUCGACUGAGUGCUCUGAUGAAGCAGUAACAAAAGUGGUUGCCUCUAUUAAUCACAAGAAUCUCGGGCAACUGUAUCUUCAUGGAAUCAACUUGACGUCAGGAGUAGGCGAGGCGCUCGGACAGUUGUUGCGUGAACCAUCAUCCUUAGAAACACUGGAGUUUUGUGGCUCCGAUGGAUGCACUUUGUCGUUAUCGGGUCCAGAUUCCAUUUGGAAGAUACCAAGACUGGAAAUACAAGGCUUGACUGAAAGCUCUGCUGAAGGAGCGUCAAGGUUGAUUGAGGUAAUCAAGAACAGCACAAUUAAGGAACUGAAACUGAGUAACAUCGACCCGACGUCAGCAGUAGCCGAGGGUCUCGGUCAGUUGUUGCGUGAACCAUCAUCCUUAGAAACACUGGAGUUUUGUGGCUCCGAUGGAUGCACUUUGUGGUUAUCGUUUCCAGUUUCCAUUUGGAAAAUACCAACACUGCAUACAGAUCGCUUGACUGAAAGCUCUGCUGAAGUAGUGUUAAGUUUGAUUGAGGUAAUCAAGAACAAGACAAUUGAAAGACUGAACCUGCGUUAUAUCGCCCUGACAUUAACAGUAGCCGAGGCGCUCGGUCAGGCGCUGCCCGAAUUAUCCUUACGAAAACUGAUGAUAAGUGGCUCGGUUAGAUGCAGUUUACAACAUAAGGAACUGGAGGCGCUGUUUGGCAGAUUUAACAGACCCUCUUCUUUGACUGAAUUGUCCAUUACUCAUUUCAGUGCCAGAGGAAGUCUUGGUUCAAUUGCGAACAAACUGUGCUUCUUUCCCAGCUUGAGAGUAUUAGAACUUGAAGACUUAAAUAUGGGUGAAGCUGACUUGUCUGAUUUGCUCGAGAAUUUGAAGUUCACGCCUAAUCUCCUAUUUUUGUCGCUGAGGGACAAUCCACUGGGACACGCAGUAAGAUCAAUGAUCCCAUACUUGAUUGAACAGCGAAAACUUGUAGUGGUUUGUUUUCGGCGGCGAGAUUGUUCAGAAGAAGAUUUGAAGUAUGUUCAGGAGGCCGUCAAAGAAAAACGACCUAAACUGAUAAUUUGUGUGUGGUAA